UCUGCUUCAUCAAGAUAUUGUUACCAAUAUCAUCUCCUUUAUCAGGAUCAUUCAUUUUUUCUAUUUUGGGUAAGAUUGAACAUAGUAUCUUCUUUCAUGGAAAACAAACAAGAAGAAGAGAAGAUGAAAAGUGUGUCGAAUCUGGUCCAAGAUCUGAAGGGGGAAGUUGAGAUUAAAGAUUCCAUAACUGAAGAGGAGCUUUCUGCAACGCACCAGAAACCAAAGCCGAAUGUUUUAACGAUGGUACCAAAGAAACCAUAUCCAGAGAAACCAAAAGAAGUGAUGCCACCAAAAGUGAUGCCACCAUGUACGGAUUUGGAUAUGGCGCGGAUCAAGGAAAAAUUCUACUCUAAUCGAAUCUACAAAGAGGAGGAGCUUGUGGCUGCAGAGAUGUACAAGGAUCUUGACUUGUAUCUAGCAGCUAUAAAUGGCGAUCUCGAUCACUUCAAAAUAAUUCUCGAUAGAAUUUCGAGUUAUUCUGUAGAUGAUAUUUUGUCUAGGCUGAGCCCUAUUAAAAACACAUUUCUUCAUGUAGCAGCCAAACAUAGAAACCAAGACAUUGUGAAAUUCAUAGCUAGUAUGAAACCAUCUCGUGUCUUGGCCAAAAAUGUCCAUGGAGAGACUGCGUUGCAUCUCGCAGCAAAAGGUGGAGACGAAGCAAUGGUAGAAGCCCUUGUGGGAAUUCUCUCUCAUAAUGAGACAGAGAAGCGUAAUCUGCUGAUGGCAGAGAAUGAGACGGGAAACACAGCCUUGCAUGUGGCGUUACUUAGUGGUUGGGAAUCAAUUGCAACAUAUUUGAUCGAGCAACAUUCUGAGCUAUCAUAUCACCUAAACAUGCAUGGGGAAUCUGCCCUUUAUUUGGCAGCUAAAGCUGGUUUUGUAGAAUGCAUCUCUUCAAUUCUUGAACGGUGCACGGAUAAGAAAUGCCGAAAACUGCUUUUCAAGAAUAAAUCUCCCAUUCAACCACCGAUACCGAUUAAACCCAAUGAAGCACCUGAAGCACCAAGGAGGGAGAAUAAAUCUCCCAUUCAUGCAGCAAUUGAGAGGAAGGAAUUAGUUGUUUUGAAAGCCAUAUUCAACGCGAAGCCUGAAUUAAUCCAUAUGAGAGACAAUGAAGGAAGAAAUCCGCUACAUUUUGCGGCAUCUUUGGGUGACUUUGAAGCAACAAAUUACCUGCUACAAAAAUGUAAGAGCAAUGCAACUAGAAGAGACAAAAGAGGUGAACUGCCUAUUCAUUUGGCAGCACUUGAAGGCCAUGUUGACGUCAUUCGAGCUAUGCUCAUAUAUUGCCCCGAAGCAGAGGAGCUGCUCGACAACUCUGGUCAAAAUAUUCUACACAUUGCUGCUGUGAGUGGAAGAUAUAAUGUGUUCCACUAUGUUCUCAACAAUCCAAAACUCAACUCCCUCAUAAACAUGAAGGACAAAUCCGGAGACACGCCCCUGCAUAUUGCCACCGGGAACGAUCAUCCUAAGAUAGUCAGUACCUUAACCUGGGACCAGCGGGUCGACAUUAAGGCGGUUAACAACAAUGGAAUGACAGUCCUUGAUGUUGCUUAUGAAAAUAGGAUACAUAAUCCUUCAUUUGAAAAGCGUUUAACUUGGGCUGCUCUUAAAGCAGCAUCUGUUCCUCAAAAGUCAGAUUCAAGGAGAAUGUUGAAUGUCGACUUGAAGGUCUAUAAAGAAAGAGUAAACACUCUCUUGGUUGUGGCAACUCUGGUCGCCACAGUAACUUUUGCAGCGGGCUUCACCAUGCCUGGUGGCUACAUUAGCUCUGACACAGGCACUGAUUUGGGCAUGGCAAGCAUGUGGAGAGACACGGUAUUCCACGUUUUUGUUUUAUGCGACACUAUAGCCAUGUAUACUUCAAUCCUUGUUGUCACAGCUCUUAUCUGGGCUCAGUUAGGUGAUAGUGUCUUAGUCAUGAAUGCCCUCGAACUCACAGCACCUUUGCUUGGGGUAGCUCUGGUCAUGAUGUCCGUGGCUUUCACAGCGGGAGUUACCAUAGUUCUUACCAAACUCAGGUGGCUCCAAAUCACUCUGCUUGCCAUGAGUACAUCUUUCAUCGCCCUAUUGCUUCUGCUACUGCUUCCCUUGUGUGCACCAAUCACUUCAAGGAGUCGGAUUCUACGUUAUCUUUCUUACUACCCAUUUUGCUUGCUCGUAUUUGUUAGUAGCACAAAGCGAAAUAACUGAAGUCUUAAGCAACACAUAUUCCACAUUGCAUGUGGCACUGUAUCGUAUCUAGUUAUUUAUGUUGGUAUGCACUUUUAAUUAUUUUGGAGAUUGUGGCACUAUAUCGUAUUUGGUUAUUUGUAUUGGUAUGUACUUUUAAUUAUUCCAGAGAUUGUGGCACUA